GCUUGUACAGAUCAACAUGAAGUUAGUACUUGUGUUUCUCUCAGUUUUGGGGUUGAUUUUUGUGGAGGGUACGAACAUUGGGGGGCGGAAAAGUGAUAAAAAAGAAGGUGGAAACGACAAAAGUUCAGGUUUGAAGUUGGAUAUUGUUGGGGGUACAAACAGUGAGGUAGAAAAGAGUGAGAAAACUGUGGGAGGGGACGAUAAAACUCAGUUUAAGCGUGGUUUAGUUGACGAAGGACAGUAUGGUACUAGUUUUCAUGGACAAUAUGGUGAGAAAACCGUGGUAAACGACGAUAAAUCUCAGUUUAAACGUGGUCUAGUUGACGGAGGACAGUAUGGUACUAGUUUUCAUGGACAAUAUGUUGGGAAAACUAUGGUAAACGACGAUAAAACUCAGUUUAAACGUGGUUUAUUCGAGGAUGGACUUUAUGGGGGUGGUUUUUACCAACAAUCUGGGGGUUUUGGAGGGUAUGCAGUUGGAGAACAAGUUUCAGAACAUAAAACCAUCUCAAUUACUAAGGAAAUCCCGGUACCCUACCCUGUAACGGUUGAAAAAAAGAUUCCAUACCCUGUAGAUAGACCUUACACCGUGCAUAUACCCAAACCCUACACAGUCCACGUAGAGAAACCCAUUCCAUACCCUGUGAAAGUCCCUGUACCCCAACCUUACACCGUUUUGAAACCGGUACCGUAUACCGUUCAUGUACCAGUUGAUAGACCGUACACAGUUCACGUUCCUCAACCGUAUAAGGUUUACGUUGAUAAACCGUACCCCGUUGAAGUUAUCAAGAAAUACGCUGUACCAGUUGAAUAUCCAGUUGAUAGACCGUAUACAGUUCCAGUACCAGUUGACAAACCCGUUCCGUAUACUGUUGAAAAACCAGUUGCGUAUCCCGUUAAAGUUCCAGUUGAUCGACCGUUUACCGUUGACGUCCCUCAACCUUAUCCAGUUGAAGUAGAGAAGAAAGUGCCUGUACCUUAUCAGGUGCCAGUCAAGGUAGAUGAGGGUCAUUUAGGGGAACAUCAUUGAGAGGACCUUCAAGAAUUCUGAGGAUAUCUUCGGAUCGUCAAGAAAUGUGAGAAGCUGUCAUCAAGAAAUCAUCUCCAAGAAGACUGAUCAAGAGUAGUUAGCCGAUUCAUCACCGAUAGCGAAUACCAUCUUCAAGAUGAUCAUCCAAUCUUCAAAGAAAAAUGAGAAGCCAUCAAUCAUCAAGAAGCUGCAGAGAUCUUCAACAAGACUGAUCUUCAAGAAAAACUGCAGAUCCCUCCAUAACAAAUUGAGUAUUCACAUUUUUUGAGACUGAAAAUGAAGUAUUUCUUUCUAAUGUGUUACUCUGUUCCAUCGUUCUUAUAAUAUGGUGACUGGCUUACUUAAAAAUUAUCUUCAUUUAUGA